AUGCAGCUGUUGGAAUCUGACGUUCAGAAGAACAUUUAUCAACACUGCUGGAGCCUGGAGAAGAAGAGUUCACCAGCCAAGCAGGACCAAGGAUCAGAUGGACUUGUGGACUGUCUGGACCCAGAUUGUUGUCUACAAACAACUUGCCAGUCAAGUUUACUCUGCCGUGGAUCACGUGAUCCUCUUGAUAUCAUCCAGCAAAGCCAGGCAGGCUCACCAGCAGUAAAGUCGUUUUAUGACCGCAUCAAACUCCUUGUUGGAAAAGACAGUACGCACAUAAUUCCUGGAGAAAAUCCAUUCAACAGCAGCCUUGUCUCACUAAUAAGAGGACAAGUUAUGACCACAGAUGGAACACCUUUAGUUGGUGUCAAUGUAUCUUUUGUGAAAUAUCCAAAAUAUGGCUACACCAUAACACGUCAAGAUGGCACAUUUGAUUUAAUAGCAAAUGGUGGAGCAUCCCUGACACUUCACUUUCAGAGGGCUCCUUUCAUGAACCAAGAAAGGACAGUUUGGCUUCCAUGGAACAGCUUUUACGCUAUGGAUACUCUGGCAAUGAAGACAGAGGAAAAUACCAUCCCUAGCUGUGAUUUAAGUGGUUUUGUGAGGCCUGACCCAGUUAUAAUCUCUUCUCCUCUCUCGACCUUCUUCAGCUCUUCCCCAAGAAGGAACCCUAUUGUUCCAGAGACACAGGUUCUCCAUGAAGAGAUAGAGAUGCCAUGUUCAAACCUCAGACUUUGCUACCUGAGUUCUCGAACCCCUGGAUACAAGUCUCUGUUAAAAAUCACAAUGACCCAGUCUGUGGUUCCUGUUAAUCUAAUCAAAGUCCAUUUAAUGGUGGCUGUUGAAGGACAUCUAUUCCAGAAGACAUUCCAAGCUUCACCAAAUUUAGCUUAUACAUUUGUUUGGGAUAAAAGCGAUGCUUAUGGUCAAAGAGUUUAUGGACUAUCAGAUGCUGUAGUGUCUGUUGGCUUUGAAUAUGAAACGUGCCUUGGCCUUAUAUUAUGGGAGAAGAGAACAGCAGAAUUACAAGGGUUUGAGUUAGAUCCCUCAAACCUUGGAGGCUGGUCAUUAGAUAAGCACCACAUACUAAAUGUAAAAAGUGGCAUUCUGCAUAAAGGCAGCGGAGAAAAUCAGUUUCUUUCACAACAACCUGCUGUAAUCAUGAGCAUAAUGGGUAACGGCCGUAGAAGAAGUAUCUCUUGCCCCAGCUGCAAUGGCCUCGCUGAAGGUAACAAGCUAUUGGCUCCAGUAGCUCUUGCAGUUGGAAUUGAUGGAAGCCUCUUUGUGGGAGAUUUUAAUUAUAUACGACGCAUCUUCCCCUCCAGAAAUGUCACCAGUAUUCUGGAACUUCGAAACAAAGAAUUUAAACAUAGCAACAACAUAGCACAUAAAUAUUACUUGGCAGUAGACCCAGUGUCUGGCUCAAUAUAUCUGUCAGAUACCAACAGCCGGAGAAUAUACAAGAUCAAGUCCCUUACAGGGGCAAAAGAUAUUGCGACCAACUUAGAAGUUAUUGCUGGCAACGGUGAGCAGUGCAUGCCCUUUGAUGAGGCAAGAUGUGGCAAUGGAGGGAAAGCAGUGGAUGCCAUUCUAACUAACCCAAGAGGAAUUGCAGUUGAUAAGAAUGGGCUUAUUUAUUUUGUUGAUGCAACAAUGAUACGAAAAGUCGAUCAGAAUGGAAUCAUUUCUACUCUACUGGGAUCCAAUGACCUUGCUGCAGGACGGCCUUUAAGCUGUGAUUCAAGCAUGGACAUCACUCAGGUUCGUAUGGAAUGGCCAACAGAUUUAGCAGUUAACCCAAUGGAUAACUCCCUCUACGUCUUAGAAAACAAUGUUAUUUUGCGUAUUACAGAAAACCAUCAAGUUAGUAUCAUAGCUGGACGUCCAAUGCAUUGUCAGGUACCUGGUAUAGACUAUUCCUUAAGCAAACUGGCUAUUCAUUCUGCACUUGAAUCUGCCAGCGCAAUUGCUAUUUCCCAUACUGGGAUACUAUACAUUGCAGAGACAAAUGAAAAGAAGAUCAAUAGAAUACGACAAGUGACGACCAAUGGUGAAAUAUCUCUUUUAGCUGGGGCAGCUUCUGACUGCAACUGCAAAGAUGAUGUCAACUGCAACUGUUAUGCUGGAGAUGACGGCUAUGCUACUGAUGCAUUUCUAAACUCACCGUCAUCCCUGGCCGUAGCACCCGAUGGUACAGUAUACAUUGCAGACCUUGGAAAUAUACGGAUAAGAGCUGUUGUUGAAAACCAGCCUGUUCUCUCUUCAUUUAAUCAGUAUGAAAUUGCAUCUCCAGGAGAACAAGAAUUAUACAUUUUUAAUAUCAAUGGUAUCCAUCAGUACACACAGAGCUUGGUCACAGGAGAAUACUUGUACAAUUUUACUUACAGUGCCGACAAUGAUGUAAUAGAAAUUAUCGACAAUAGUGGCAACUCUUUGAAAAUCCGCAGGGAUUCUAAUGGUACUCCACGUCAUUUUCUAAUGCCAGACAAUCAGAUUAUCACAUUGGCACUUGGUACCAAUGGAGGACUUAAGAUGGUCUCUACACAAAAUCUGGAGUUGUCCUUAAUGACAUAUGAGGGCAAUACUGGGAUGUUAACAACAAAAAGUGAUGAGACUGGCUGGACAAUGUUUUAUGAUUACGACAAUGAAGGCCGCUUGACCAAUGUAACCCGUCCAACUGGCGUUGUUACCAGUCUCCACAGAGAGAUGGAAAAAUCUAUUACUAUUGACAUAGAAAAUUCCAACCGGGAUGAUGAUGUCACUGUUAUAACCAACCUGUCUUCAGUUGAGGCAUCGUAUACUGUUGUACAAGAUCAAGUACGUAACAGUUACCAGUUAUGCAGUAAUGGGACCCUGAGAGUUAUGUAUGCUAAUGGGAUGGGAAUCAGUUUCCAUAGUGAGCCCCAUAUUUUGGCUGGCACAGUAACACCUACAAUCGGACGGCGGAAUAUUUCUUUGCCUAUGGAGAAUGGGUUAAAUUCAAUUGAAUGGCGGCUACGAAAAGAGCAGACAAAAGGAAAAGUAACUGUCUUUGGGAGGAAGCUUCGAGUCCAUGGGAGAAAUUUACUAUCCAUAGAUUUUGACAGGAAUUCACAUACUGAAAAAAUAUAUGAUGAUCAUCGAAAGUUUACUCUCCGCAUAGUCUAUGAUCAACUAGGGCGACCACUUCUCUGGCUUCCAAGCAGUGGACUAGCGCCUGUUAAUGUGUCUUAUUUCUUCAAUGGUCGCUUGUCUGGACUUCAACGGGGGGCCAUGAGUGAACGAACUGAGAUGGACAAGCAGGGCAGAAUCAUUUCUCGAUCAUUUGCCGAUGGAAAAACUUGGAGCUAUACUUAUCUGGAAAAGUCAAUGGUGCUUCUUCUUCAAAGUCAACGGCAAUACAUCUUUGAAUACGAUUCAUCAGACCGUCUAUACUCUGUAACCAUGCCUAGUGUUGCUCGGCAUAGUAUGUCAACUCACACAUCAGUUGGAUACAUCAGAAACAGUUAUAAUCCUCCAGAAAGCAAUGCAUCAAUCAUUUUUGACUACAGCGAAGAUGGUAGACUUUUAAAGACGUCAUUUCUUGGUACUGGUCGACAAGUAUUCUAUAAGUAUGGAAAACUUUCCAAGUUAUCAGAGAUCAUUUAUGACAGCACAGCAGUCACCUUUGGUUAUGAUGAAACAACAGGUGUUUUAAAAAUGGUGAAUCUUCAAAGUGGUGGUUUUUCAUGUACAAUCCGCUAUAGGAAAAUUGGUCCUUUAGUCGACAAACAAAUCUACAGGUUUUCUGAAGAAGGCAUGGUAAAUGCUAGGUUUGAUUACACUUACCAUGACAAUAGUUUUCGAGUUGCUAGCCUUAAGCCUAUAAUAAGUGAAACUCCUUUGCCUGUAGAAUUAUAUCGCUAUGAUGACAUUUCUGGCAAAAUUGAACAUUUUGGAAAAUUUGGAGUGAUUUACUAUGACGUUAACCAGAUCAUAACUACAGCUGUAAUGACACUAACAAAACAUUUUGAUACUCAUGGACGAAUUAAAGAAGUCCAAUAUGAAAUAUUUAGAUCGUUGAUGUAUUGGAUGACCGUGCAAUAUGAUAGUAUGGGCCGAGUUAUAAAAAGGGAGCUGAAACUUGGUUCCUAUGCCAACACAACAAAGUAUACCUAUGAAUAUGAUGGGGAUGGUCAGCUGUUAACUGUUGCUGUCAAUGACAGGCAAACAUGGCGUUAUAACUAUGACCUUAAUGGGAAUUUAUAUCUAUUGACUCCUGGAAAUGGCAUACGUCUCCUGCCUUUAAGAUAUGAUCUCAGAGACAGAAUAACACGUUUGGGGGAUGUGCAAUACAAAAUUGAUGAUGAUGGAUUCUUGAGUCAAAGAGGUGCUGAUAUUUUUGAAUAUAACUCAAAGGGCCUUCUCACCAGGGCAUACAACAAGGUCCUUGGAUGGAAUGUACAAUAUCGAUAUGAUGGACUAGGACGAAGAGCUUCCUGCAAAACUAACCUAGGACUUCAUCUUCAGUUCUUCUAUGCUGAUCUACACAACCCAACACGGGUUACCCAUGUCUAUAAUCACUCAAAUUCAGAAAUAACUUCCUUGUACUAUGACUUGCAAGGUCAUCUAUUUGCAAUGGAAAGCAGUAGUGGAGAAGAAUACUACAUUGCCUCUGAUAAUACAGGCACACCACUGGCAGCUUUCAGCAUCAAUGGGGUGAUGAUUAAGCAGUUACAAUAUACGCCUUAUGGAGAAGUUUACUUUGAUUCAAAUCCAAACUUCCAGCUUGUUAUUGGAUUUCAUGGAGGACUAUAUGAUCCACUAACAAAGUUGGUACAUUUUGCUCAAAGAGAUUAUGAUGUGUUGGCUAGACGCUGGAUAUCUCCAGAUUAUACAAUGUGGAAGAAAAUUGGGCAAGAUCCUGCUCCUUUCAACCUAUAUAUGUUUAAGAACAAUAAUCCACUGAGCACUGAAAUGGAUUUAAAAAACUACGUUACAGAUGUGCAAAACUGGCUGGUGAUGUUUGGAUUUCAAUUGAGCAACAUAAUUCCUGGCUUUCCCCGGUCCAAAUUACACUUUGUCCCACCCUCUUAUGAGUUGAGAGAGAGUCAAGAAUGUGAAAAUGGGCAGCUAAUUACAGGUGUUCAACAGACCACUGAAAGACACAAUCAAGCAUUUAUGGCAUUGGAGGGUCAGACUAUAGUGAAGCGGCUGCACGCAAACAUAAGAGAGAAGCUUGGACACUGGUUUGCCACUACUGGUCCUAUAAUUGGAAAAGGAAUAAUGUUUGCCAUUAAGGAAGGGAAAGUGACAACCGGAAUGUCCAGCAUUGCCAGUGAAGACAGUCGGAAAAUUGCUUUGGUGCUUAAUGGGGCCCAUUAUCUGGAAAAAAUGUACUAUAACAUUGAAGGAAAGGACACACAUUACUUUGUCAAAAUUGGAUCCUCUGAUAAUGACCUAGUCACCCUGGGAUUGACGACAGGUCGCAAAACGCUAGACAGUGGAGUGAAUGUUACCAUUUCACAGCCAACUCUUCUGAUAAAUGGAAGGACUCGCAGGUUUACAAACAUCGAAUUCCAACAUUCCUCACUAAUUUUAAAUAUAAGAUAUGGAUUAACUGCCGACACCUUAGAUGAAGAAAGAGCAAGAGUUCUAGAUCAAGCACGCCAGCGAGCAAUGAGUGCAGCUUGGGCUAAAGAACAACAAAAAGCAAGAGAUGGAAAAGAAGGUAGUCGCUUAUGGACUGAGGGAGAAAAACAGCAGCUUUUAAGCACUGGAAGAGUUCAAGGAUAUGAGGGGUAUUAUGUCCUUCCAGUGGAGCAGUACCCAGAGCUUGCAGACAGUAGCAGUAACAUCCAGUUCUUAAGACAGAAUGAAAUGGGAAAGAGGUAACAAAUUAAUCUGCUGUCAUCCUUUCCUGGAUGGAUCAGUAGUAACAACUGUUAUCUCCUCUCCUAAGGAGAUGAAGACCUAAAUGGGGCACUAGGCUGAAAUGUUUGAGACAGUUAAGUAGCAAGAAAGCUCACAUUUUUUGAGUUGACUGCUGCUGCUAAAAAAAAACACAAAUUGAAGUGGACUUAAAGCCUGAUUUUAAAAAAAUACAACUAAACACAAGAGUACCCCUUUGAUAUUACCCACUUCUUCUGGGUCACUGUUAAAAUAAAAAAAUUUGGCCUCUGAUUACGUUACUUCUUUGACAUGUGAGUAAAGUUUAAAAGAAUUCAAAAUGGCCACCUUUACAAGACCUUUUGUUGAAAAUGACUCAGACUGCUUCUUUGAUAAGUAUUCUGACAUUUUGAUCUAGGGAUGCUUACUGCAUUGCUUAAAAAAACUUUGAAGUGAUUUGUAGAAAUAAAACUAAAACAAAGAGCAAAGGAUAGACGUUGAUGAGAAAACAUGGACUUUAUUUGCACUCUUAUCCCAAAAUGCUCUGUGACUUAAUUUAUCCAUUAAGUGGGUAGAGUGUGAUGUGUGAGUCAAAAUGGAGGCUUUCACUGCAGUUAAAUUCAUCCUCUUGUUUGUAUUUGAGAAAUCCAUUGUGGACAAUACAGUAUAACACAGUUACAGGGUGUAGUCUGUUUAGAAUCAGUAGUUUGUUGGUAUCAAUUUCAGUAGAGAUGUGGGCAUUGUGACACUACCGCAAAUGGGCACCACUUCUGAUCACCCUGUUCAUAUAAGAAGGCCAGAUGGCACAAUCACUGUUUCCGAUUAAAACUAGAAAUGUGUUUGUUUGGUCAAAACAAUAAACUGAGACAAUCACCUUACAGUCACCACAAAGAUGAACUUUGGUUUUUUUGUAAUAUACAUGUAUGAACUGUUCAUUGAGUUUUUAUAUUAUUUUAAUUUGCUGCUAAAUGGAGAUUAGAAACAGGCAAAGAUAAUUUAUGGCAAAGUGUUUAAAUUGUUUAUACAUAAAUAAAGUCUCUAAAACUGUG